ACAGACAGUGAUUUGUUUGUUCUGGGGAAAAGGUAAUGCUGUCAGGUCAGUGCUCUCCUCCAGCAGUGGGAACUCAUGGUCCCAUUGCCUGGGUAAAGCAUCCUGGAUACUCAAAGCCAGGCAGAUGCUUUCUGGAAUGGGGUCCUGUCCUGUGGGAUUUUCCAGCAGAUGCUUGGCACUUGGAACACAGCAUCUUGCUGCAAAUCAGGCAGGUUUAGUGUAUUCCAGAGUUGCCUCUUCACCUGCUCUCUGUAGCCUUUGUUCCCUGUAACCUGGGGCAGCACAACUGAGCCCUCAGUGGAAGUGCACAUGGUUUAAACACCAGAGUAACCCACAGCAGGAAUGGGAAAAAACAACCCCUGAAGGACAAGCCCCUCAGUGUGACCAAGAUGAAAGGGGUUAAAUGCAUCGAGCUGCAGAAGUGGAGAGAAAAAUCCAACUCUGCUGCCACAGAGUGCCCUGAGCAGUGAAUCCUAGAGGACUGAGCAUCUGAGGAAGAGCAGAAGGAAGCAGGAAGGCUCUCUGUGAGCUCCUAACUCCAGUUAACAACCAUGGAUAUCUGUAAGAUACCUGAAAACGCCUCCAAGUGCAGCGGGAGCACCAUGGAGUGCUUCAUGGUGCUCAGCACACAGGCACAGAAGAUCAGCAUUGCCACCCUGUGCUGCCUCUUUGGGACACUCUGCGUUUUCGAGAACUCCUUGGUGCUCUACUUGAUCUUCUCUUCCCCCAGGACCAGGAAAAAGCCUUCCUACAUCUUCAUCAGCAGCCUGGCCCUGGCUGACAUCCUGGCCAGCAUCAUCUUCGUCUGCAGCUUUGUGAACUUCCACGUGUUCAACGGCACCGGUUUCUCCAAGGAGGCGUUCCUGCUGCAGCUGGGAGGGGUGAACACCUCCUUCUCCGCCUCCCUCAGCAGCCUGCUGCUCACAGCCCUGGACCGCUACGUCUCCAUCAGCCGGCCCUCCGAGUACAAGCUCCUGAUGACCAGGAGAAGAGCCUGGAUAGCCCUGGGAGUGGUCUGGGCCACCUGCGCCACCGUGGCUUCCCUGCCCCUCCUGGGCUGGAACUGCUGCACCCUGGACUCCUCCUGCUCCGAGCUGUUCCCCUUCGUGGACGACAACUACCUGUCGGGCUGGGUGUGCCUCACCCUGCUCCUGCUGGGCUGCAUCGUCUACGCCUACGCCCACGUGCUGUGGAGGGCCCGCCAGCACGUGGCCUACAUGGAGCAGCACCAGGCGCAGGCCGGGAAGCAGAACACCCGCAUGAGGAUGGAUGUGAGGCUGGCCAAGACCCUGGUCAUGGUGCUGGCUGUCCUCGUGCUCUGCUGGUCCCCCGUCCUCGUGCUCAUGAUCUACAGCGUCUUCUCCAGGCUGAGCGACCGCCUGCGCAAGGUGUUCGCCUUCUGCAGCACCCUCUGCCUGCUCAACUCCAUGGUGAACCCCAUCAUUUACGCCCUGCGGAGCAAGGAGCUGAAUUCCUCCCUGAGGAGGGUGUUUUCUCACUUCAGGAGGCAGCUGAAGGCCCCUGAGGAAAGCCCGGAGGCCGAGAGCACCCACAGGUCCUCCGUGGUAGAGACCGUCUGCGAGGACGCGCAUGUGACGUAGGGGGGCAUCCGUGGAGGACCCGUGAACUCAGGCUGGCAGAAACAGUCUGGAUCACUUCCCUGUUUCUUUUCUCUUCUGAUGGAGGACCUGGGAGAUGAGGAUCAGCUGCCUGCUGUGGAGACAACUCCUGCUGGUAUCGUCCUUCAAUGCUGGGACAUGAAGCGCACGGACUUUGCCCUCAGGCACAUGGUGGGAUUGUUGGGGUGUCCUGUGCAGG